AUGAAAGGCUGGACAUUACGACGUAAAAUCGAUUCCAAAGAAGAUAUUGUUUAUAAAUUUCCGGAUAAUUUCGUACUUAAGCCUCGUUCACGUGUGCGUAUUUUAAGUCGCAAUGCCAGUAAAGGUUCGAUCAAUGAAAAAGAAACCUUAGUCGCUGAAGGUGUUCUGACCUGGGGCACAGGUACAACGAUGGUCACACGACUUGUUGAUGCCAAUGGCGAAGAAAAAGCUCUGUUCAAUCAAAAAUUCCAAUAA